AUGGAAUAUGAUCGAAACACCGGAUUAGAUGAAAAAGAAGAAAUAACAAUGAUGGAAUUGAAAGCUUCCAUUGGACUAUUAUUGCUUGCUGGUUUAUUAGGAAGAUCAAAAGGAAAUUUACGAUCCUUAUGGAAAACAAGUCCUUUGGAAUCUCCAAUAUUCAAAGCUACUAUUUCAAAAAGCCGUUUUGACAAAAUUAUGUCGUGUCUAAGAUUUGAUGAUAAAAGAACAAGAGAAGAGAGAAAACAAGCAGAUAAAUUUGCAGCAAUUCGUGAAAUUUGGUCAGAUUUUCAAGAUAAAUUAAAAACCUGUUAUACACCAGGACUUGAUCUUGCCGUCGAUGAACAAUUAUUAGGAUAUCGGGGAAAAUGUCCAUUUCGUCAAUUUAUCCCUAAGAAGCCUGACAAAUACGGAUUAAAGUUCUGGCUAUGUGUUGAUGCAGAGUCGUAUUAUGUAUUGAAUGCAUUUCCUUACAUUGGACGACAACCAGGUCAAGAAAAACAAAAACACAUAGGUGAAAGUGUAGUUUUAGAAUUGCUCAAGCCAUUUUAUGAUUCAAACAGAAACGUUACAAUGGAUAAUUUCUUUACAAGUGUUCCAUUGGCGAAAAAUCUUCAAACGAAGAAUCUUACUCUUAUAGGAACAUUACGAAAAAAUAAAUCAGAAAUACCUAUGGAAUUUCUAUCAAAUAAGUCUCGUGAAGUUGGUUCUUCGCUUUUUGGUUUUGAAGAUAAUUUAACUUUAGUUUCCUUCGUACCAAAACAAAAUAAAGCUGUCUUAUUACUUUCUUCGAAACAUCAUGAUAAUCAGGUGGACAAUAAGACUGGAAAACCAAUUAUUGUUUUGGAUUAUAAUAAAACCAAGGGAGCUGUUGAUACUGUUGAUCAAAUGUGCCACAAAUAUACAGCGAAAAAUCCAGAAUGGAAUCGAAAUAAGAGAUAUCAACGGCGAUUAUUUUUAGAAGAACUCGGACUUAGUCUAGUAACAUCUCUGUUGGAUUUUCGUUCAAAAACCUCAAAAUUUCUACAUAAAGAUAUUCAAAAUGCUUUAGCUAUUGUUGGUCAUCCUAUAACGAGAAGAAAUUCACAAGAAUCAAAUGAAGAUUCUGAACAAGGAAAACGAAAACGGUGUUCAAUGUGUAAAACAUCUAAAGACAGAAAAACUUCAACUAAAUGUUAUAAUUGUUCUGCAUAUGUUUGUAACGAACAUUGUAUAAAACAGAUUUUUUGUAUUAAUUGUUCGAAAUAAAGAACUAAUAUACUCUCAGUAUUUUUUUCUAUCAGAUUGAGGGUGGGUGGGUGUGGGUGUGUGGAUGUGGGUGUGGGUGUGGGUGUGGGUGUGGGUGUGGGUGUGUGGGUGUGGAUGUGGGUGUGGGGUGUGGAUGAGGGUGUCGGUGUGAGUGGGUGUCAGAGCCCGAAAACGAACCGAACUCGAACCGAACUAAGACGGUUCGGUUCGGUUCGAGUCGAUCCGAACCGAACUCGAACCGCUUUUUUGAAAACGCAGUCGAACCGAACCGAACUCGAACCGCUUUUUGGAAACGCAGUCGAACCGAACCGAACUCGAACCGUUUCUUGAAAUAUGAUGUCGAACCGAACCGAACCGAACUAGUAUUGGUUGAACUAUCAUCUAUUUCUUGAAAAAUAUGUUGUUAAUAAUGAUUGAGCGACCUUCGACCGAUCAUUCCACAUAGUUAAUUUAAUUUCCAUACAUCUUAUUGUUCUCUCUUCGUAAUAAUUACAGACAAUGUAUCCAUGACGAUUGAUCACUUAUACGCGGUGGAAAUUUUUAAUUUAUUUUUCCUAUUUGUUCCAUUGUUUCAUGCUGCAAAGGACGGACGGAUGCUCGUCUAAUUGACAACAGUGUUUUUUCUAAAACAAUUGACAUAUCAUCAUCUUUUCUUCAUUCAUAUCUUGAGGUUACUGCAUAUUCCUGUUCUCAUAAACUACUCACUUCAACUUAUUAUCAAAAUGGCAUCCUUUAACUCAUCAAUUUCUCAUUUGCCAAUCGAAAUUUAUCUCAGAACCUGUCAUAAACUCGCCUUCAAACUGCACGUUGGAGUCUAUUAAAUUACUACUAAAGAAUGAUAAUGUAAAUUAUAAAAUUAUGCUAAAUCAUAGAAAAUGUGUCUCAGCGAUAUGUCGGAAGAGAACGGAUAUGGGCUUUCCGGAUAAAAAGUUACUGUAGUUCAGAGGGGAAUUACUAUUUGUACAUAGGACAAGUUAUUUUACAACACAGUCGUGACACACGAAUACAAUGGAAUUUAGAAGCUUUUCUUGUAGACAGUAAAUGAAAUCUGGGUUAGAUAGAACCGAACCGAACCGAACCCGAACCGUCUUUUAGAAAACAAAGCCGAACCGAACCGAACUCGAACCGGCUUUUAGAAAAAAAAGGCGAACCGAACCGAACCCGAACUUGUUGCCCAAAAACGAAUUCGAACCGAACCGAACCCGAACCAAGUUUUAGAAAAUGAAGACGAACCGAACCGAACUCGAACCAACAAAAGUCGGUUCGAUUCGGGCUUCGGUGGGUGUGGGUGUCAGGGUUCCCGUUCCUCAAGGGUUCCGUUCCCAAGGAACGGGAAUCCACUUGGUUAUUCAUUUCUAUGCAUGUUUGAACGCGUUUGAGUUCAUAGACAUACUUUUUCUUUCGUUUUGAGCAAGUCACUCAGGGUUCCCGGGUUCCUGGGAACGGGAACUCGUACCGGGUUCCGGGUUCCUAGGAACGGGAACCCAGUUGAAAAUUCAUUUCU